GCCCUAGAGUUGUUCCGGGAACACGCCAAGGAAUCAGCUCAACAGGUGCCGAGGUGCAGCUGGCUCUGGGGUGGGACAGCCAAGGAAGAGCCUCACCCUGCUCCCUGCAGAGCCGAGCAUCCGAUUGCCAGGCUGAGGCGCUGGAGACCCCUGACUUUCAGGAGAGCGGCUCCCACACCGCUCCUUGCAGCACAGCUCCCCUUGUCGUGCCUAGGAUCCAGCACUGAUUCUGGGAGGUCUGUCUCUAUCCCAGCCUUGCCAUGGCACGUGAAUACUUCACCCACAAGGGGUUGCUGUUCCCAUGCCUGGAUUAUUCCCCCGAGGCGCUGAGCUACGUGGAGAAUGAAUUCCAGGUGUGGGACGACGACGUCUUCAACGUCACCUACCCCAAGUCAGGCACUAACUGGAUGCUGGAGAUCCUGAGUCUGAUCCGUUGUGACGGGGACCCCAGCUGGGUGCGCAGCGUGCUGAACUGGGAGCGGGGGCCCUGGCUGGAGACUCACCUGGGGAUGGAGGUUAUCGUGAAAUACCCCCCACCCCGGCUGCUCUGCUCCCACCUCCCCGCGCAGCUCUUCCCCAAGUCCCUGCAGCACUCCAAGGCCAAGAUCAUCUACACCCUGCGCUGCCCCAAGGACGUCCUGGUCUCACUCUACCACUUCUCCAAGCUGCUGCGCCUUUUCAAGGACCCUGGCUCACUGGAUUCCUUCUUCGAGGACUUCCUGAGCGGGAAUGUGGCCUAUGGCUCCUGGUUCGACCACGUCACCGGCUGGAUGGGGCUGAAGGGCAACGAGAACUUCUUCCCCAUCACCUACGAGGAGCUGCAGCAGGAUCCACUGGGCAGCGUGCGGAGAAUCUGCCACUUCCUGGGGAAGGAGCUGAGUGAGGAGCAAGUGGCCGCUGUGGUGGAGAACGCCUCCUUCCAGAGCAUGAAGGGGAACAAAAUGUCCAACUUCUCCCAGGCGGAGGACCAGUACGUGGACCACCAGAAGGGGGAGCUCUUGCGGAAAGGGAUCUGUGGCGACUGGAGGAACCAUUUCUCAGAGGCGCAGAGCCAACGAUUCGACACUGUUUACCGGGAGCGGAUGCAGGGUCUGGGCAUGACCUUCCCCUGGGACUGACGGCCCUGUGCCUGCAAUACACCAGCCCUGCGCCACCCACGUGCUGCUGUGCUUAGUGUGCCCUGGGAGAUGCCCCCUGGGGCAGCGUCACUAGCGCAUCUGCAAUAGGCAGAGCCGGCUGGGGCGUGUGUCCAGCAGAGGUCAGCUCUGGAUUCUAAGAAAUAAAACCAGGUGACAUGGCAGCAGGAACUUACACACACACACACACACUCUCUCUCUCUCUCCCCUGCCCCCAUGCCCCCCGCCCCCAUUCCAAGGGGUGUGAUUGCUGGUGACCCAGUUCCCAGGUAGCGCCCGGCAACACCCCCAGGGCCCAGGAUGCUGUCGCCCCAGGCAAGGAGGCAUCAGCCCCACCCAGCUCCGCCCCUAGGGAAGGCAAUGGCAAGACAGGGCCAAAAGGGUGAUCCACCGGAGGUAGCCUGAGCCCUCGUGUGCGGGGGCCCAUGGGGAUGUGGUGGGGGGCUCCCCACACCUUGGAGUCCAUGAUGCGGAGGGUGAGUCCAUGGGCCAUCCCAACACCAUGGGCGUAAGGUGUUGGCAGGAUCACAGGGCUCUGCUGGGCCAUGGAAUUCCCUCCUGGCUAGCGCAGGAACCCAGCAGAUCAGCCCGGUCCCAAACUGUCCAGCUCCAUCCUCGGACUAGUGGGGGUGUUUGCCCCCAACACCGAUUGGGAAGCUGUUUAUUAGGUGUGCCUCAUUACAGGAGUGCCUAGGACCCCAUCACGGCCCA